AUGAGUUUUGAGAGGCCAAACCAAAGCACCUGUUUGACUUAUGAAAGCCUUAUUGAGGCUCUCCGAAUCACUCCGACAGGACCGUUCGCAGAGCAAGAUCUCUUGCACACAUUCUUCCAAAAGAUGUUCAAACCAAUUCCUCUGGCCUACAACCUGGUUCUACCUAUGUUACGGUGCUACCCAGAGAAGUUGGAGCUCGAGAAGGGAUCGAAGCCAUUGAGUUAUACAGGCAAAGAACCUAACAUGGACAGGGUGGACGUAAAGAUGUUGGAUCUCUUGCACACAUUCUUCCAAAAGAUGUUCAAACCAAUUCCUCUGGCCUACAACCUGGUUCUACCUAUGUUACGGCGCUACCCAGAGAAGUUGGAGCUCGAGAAGGGAUCAAAGCCAUGGAGUUAUACCGGCAAAGAACCUAACAUGGAUAGGAUGGAUGUCAAGAUGUUGGUUAAGAAAUGGUGGGAUAUUUAUAACGAUGAGUCACUUUAA